UGAGAAAUCAACAAGGAGGGGAAGGGGAUCCUAAUAGGUCGUCGCCUCGUUCUUCUAUUUCUCAUUUUUUGGGCUCCUAAUCUUAAACUGCAAAUAUAUGGUGUUUGUUCGUGGCCAUCUUCUACCUUAGGUCUCUUCUAUCUCCUCCGCACAACUCUCAUCUCCUCCUACUUGUAGGCUGUAACUAAGCAUAAUUAACUAUUUCCUCCGCCUCCGCCUCCAAUUCGCCAUCCUCCGACUUCUCCACUCUGCUAACUGCCAUUUAGAUUUAUUGGAAGUCUCUUCAUUCUUCGUUAAACCUGUAUGUAUCUGGAAGAUUUUGAUAUAAUGCCCAACAGUAGUUAAUGUGUUAGGCUUCAUGGCAUUUUGGAGUGUCCCACUGAACAAUAGUUUGAUAAAUGGAUGCGUAAUGUUAGGUGCCUACCUCAGAGUUGUUACUUGGUAUUGAACCUGUAAUCUCCCUCCCUGUUAUUGUUUUUUCCCAAUCUGUUGUCACAAGGGUUUCAAUUGUUAAAACACAUGGAUUAGCGACAAAUACUUGCUUUAUGUUGGUGCAUAUCUUUCCUCUGGGCUCAGGAUAGUUAUAGAGCGACUGUUUUACUAACAGCCAGAGUUUCACUGGCUUUUCUGCAUGCUCCACAAUUUUCACACUUCAAGGCUCGCUUUUUUCCAUGCUCUCCUAGGGCCGCAGAAGUCACUGUUUUUAGUUAGUUCGUAUCAGGCAUGAUGAGCAGAUCCAGUCGGCAUAAAGACAAGUAUGAAAGAAGUAGUGAGAUGUCUCAAGAUCACCAGUAUGAAGGAACUGCUGCACGGACAAGACCGUUCAGCUUUGAUGAGAUUAUGUCCAUUAGGAAAAACAAGAAAGCAUCUGAAAUUUUGGAAGGAGAAUUAAAAGAUAUAUUAGGAGGUGUUAUUAAUGAGAAAGCUUCUGAUCAUAGAUCUGAAAGGGGUAAUGGCCACAAUGAAGAAUCUUCAACUGGUCUCCGACAGCACUUGUCAGAGGAACAUGGCAAGGCGAGUUACAGAGAAAAAGAAGAUAAUGUUUCCAUGAAGGAGGAUUAUAUAGUCAAAGGCAGAGAUAGAGAUGUUCGAGAUUCAGAAACAAAUUCAAAGUCCAAAAUGAACGAAGAUAUGAGAACUGAAAUUAAAGAAAAGACUAACGAAAAAAUUCACGACAGGAGAAAAGUUGAUAAGCGGCCAAGCAAUAUUUCUGAAAGCGAAGCUGUGAAGAAGCAUUCAAGAGACAUGCAGAAAGAUAGACAUGUGGACAAAAGUAGAGGAAAAUCUGAAAGAGACAGAAAGGAAAAAUACAGGAAUGGUAUUGAUGAUAAAAGUAGAGACAGGAAUGCUGCAAAGAAACAUGAUUUAGGAAAAGGGCAUCAUUUAGAAACUUCCGAGAGAAAGGAAAGGAAGGAAUCUUCAAAAUAUCAUCAUGAAGAAUUAAGGCUGAAAAGGAGACGAUCAAGGAGCCGAGAGCACGAGGACAGAAAUAGAAGGUCUAUUUCCCGCUCACCAAGGGCACACAAACAUGGUUCUUAUCACAAAAGAGAACAUGUGGAAUUGUCCUCGCAUUCUGUCAAAGAAAGGUCUGGACGACAACAAUCUGAUGCUGAAAAUAACCAACUUACGAACAGUAGUUCUAGUAGGCAUCAGAGGAGACAUGGUGGCUUUGCAAGCGGGCUUGGUGGCUAUUCACCAAGGAAGAGAAAAACUGAGGCCGCUGUUAAGACUCCUUCCCCAACUAAACGCUCACCAGAGAAGAAAAGUGCUAAAUGGGACCUUGCACCAGAAGAAACAAGCAGUGUCUUUCCUGCUGUGAUUCUCUCUAAUUUUCAAUCACCAAACGAAACUGCAUCUUCAAAUAUACAUGAAGUGGUCAGUGCUGUUCCUGUUGUUUCAGUUCCAAUGAAGCCUCUUUCCGGGGUUUCACUCAGUUCUCUGUCAACCGCUAUGAAAGUCUCCACUGAAUCCAUUCAACUUACACAAGCGACCCAUCCUAUAAGGAGGCUUUAUAUGGAGAACAUUCCAGCUUCGGCCUCUGAGAAAGCUGUGAUGGACUGUCUUAAUAACUUUUUGAUUUCUUCAGGCGUCAAUCAUAUCCAAGGAACCCAACCAUGUAUAAGCUGCAUUAUGCAAAAAGAAAAGGGCCAAGCUCUUGUGGAAUUUCUGACUCCAGAGGAUGCUUCAGCAGCUCUCUCUUUUGAUGGCCGUUCCUUCUCAGGCUCCAUUAUCAAAGUCAGACGGCCCAAAGACUUCAUUGAAGUGGCAACUGGUGAACUAGAAAAAUCAGCAGCUGCAAUUGAUGCAAUUGGUGAUAUUGUUAAGGAUUCACCUCACAAGAUUUUCAUUGGUGGAAUUUCAAAGGUUCUUUCUUCUAAAAUGCUCAUGGAGAUUGCUAGUGCCUUUGGACCUCUGAAGGCAUACCAGUUUGAGAAUAGUAAAGAUUCUGAUGAGCCAUUUGCCUUCCUAGAGUAUGCAGACAAAUCGAUUACUUUCAAGGCUUGUGCGGGUCUCAAUGGUAUGAAGUUAGGAGGCCAAGUAAUAACUGCCAUUCGAGCUGUUCCAAAUGCAUCCUCCUCGGGAAGUGAUGGAAAUCCACAAUUUGGCCAGAUCUCUCAGCAUGCAAAGGCACUUCUUGAGAAGCCUACAGAAGUCUUAAAGCUUAAAAAUGUGUUUGAUUCAGAAAGCCUUUCAUCCCUAUCUAACACGGAAGUUGAAGAAGUAUUGGAUGAUGUGCGUUUAGAGUGUGCCAGGUUUGGCUCUGUUAAAUCCAUUAAUGUUGUCAAGUAUGCUGCAAUUACCAUAUCUACUUCAAAAUCAUGUGAAUUCAAUGAUGAUACGGUAUCUACUGAAGCUACACAAAGCUUAGGUUGUGAUGGUACAAAUCCUAGAACAAGGAACAUCAGCGGAUCUAUUGACCAAAAGUUUAUGGAAGGCAACAGCAUUGGUGAUGAUAAACCAGCAAGUGAUGUCAUGGAGGAAGAGCCAUGCCAACCAGGUCAGGUUGACAGUGAUAUGGCUGUUCAAGACUUAGCAUGCAAGAGUUCAUCCGAUUCUCAAGAACCCCCUCAAGAUGUGUCAGACAGCAAUGUCGACAAGGUCACUGAUGACAUUGAAAUUGAGGGAGUCCAUGUGGAAAACAAAUCAAAAGCUGGAGAAGAUUUGAAUUUGAAGGAGGUGGGAGAUAACAAAUUAAUGGCUGGAGAAGAGUUAAAUCCGGAGGAAGUCAGUGGAGAUGUUGAAAAAGCUUUUGUGAAUGAUAGCCUGGAAAUGAAACCAAAUUCGAUUGAGAAGGGAGAUUGCAAGGAACAGGAUUGUAAUCUUGGACUCAUUUUUGAGCCAGGAUGUGUUUUUGUGGAGUUCAGAAGAACAGAAGCCGCAUGCAUGGCAGCACAUUGUUUACAUGGAAGGUUAUUUGAUGACCGUGCUGUGGUGGUGGAAUAUGUUCCUCUUGAUAUUUACCUUGCCAGAUUCCCAAAAUGAUUGUUUAGUAGAUGCCAUGAACUAAUGGGAAAACCACGUGCAUGCAGACUGACGAGGGGAUUUUCUGUUCAUGCCUGGUAAAACACCCACCCUUUUUGACAUUCGGAUCAGGAUUGAACCUUUGUUUAAUCUCAACCUUUUUCCAUAUGACAUGUCGGAGACCAUGUUUUUUGAACUGCAGGGAAACUUGCAAAAUGCUGAAAUCAUAGUCACUGGUUGGAGUUUGAAAGUUUGAGGAUCUGGGUUGGUCUGAACUAGGUUGAUCUAUUGAAUUGAUCAUUCACGUAAUGGGGCUAGUAGAGCACAUACAUGAAGGAUAAGGCUGAAAGAGUCAUUUGCUAAUGUAAUAUUUUCCUUUUAUUAAAGGAGUUUUCAUCUUCUUGCAUAUGCAACAAGUACGUUGAAGGUCAAGGGUUCAACUCUUAAUUCCAAAGUGGGAUGAUAAUUCAUCAAGUAAAUGCUUGCGAUACAGGAGGGAAGCGUACUGCCAUGGUUCUGGUUCCUGUUUUCCAAGGUACCCUUCCCUCCCAGAAACAAAAAAAGAAAAGAAAAGAAGAGGAAUUUAGGGUUUGUGUAUUAUCAUUUGUGGUUUUCCCUACGAAAAACUUGUUUGUAUUACCAACAUGUUACCAAAACUUUCAAGAGCCACAUUCUUAAAAGUACACUUGUUUUUCUGUAGAAGUACAAAUUUGGCAAUUUCGCAACU